AUGGCAGAAAGCAGUAUUUUGGUGGCUGAAGAUCAGUUUAUCUGUUCAGUCUGUCUGGAUCUCCUGAAGGAUCCAGUGACCAUCCCCUGUGGACACAGUUACUGUAUGAACUGCAUUUCUGACUACUGGAAUCAAGAUGAGCAGAGGAGAGUUUACAGCUGCCCUCAGUGCAGACAGACCUUCACUCAAAGACCUGCUUUAAACAAGAAUGUGGUGUUUGCUGAAAUGGUGGAGAAUCUAAAGAUCAGAAAAGCCCAAAAGACUUGUGCUCUCUCUUACGCUGGACCUGGAGAUGUGGAGUGCGAUGUCUGCACUGGGAGAAAAUAUAAAGCUGUGAUAUCCUGUCUGGUGUGUCUGGAAUCUUACUGUCAGACUCACUUUGAGCGUCAUGAGGAGUUUCACUCGGGAAGACACAAAGUGACCGAUGCUACUGGACAACUGAAGCAGAUGAUCUGCUCUAAACAUGAUAAACUACUAGAAAUCUUCUGUCGUACUGAUCAGUGCUGCAUCUGCUAUUUAUGCAUGAUGUAUGAACACAGAUACCAUGACACUGUAGCAGCCGUGGUGGAGAGGACAGAGAAACAGAAAGGUUUGGAGGAGAAUCGGAGAAAGUUCCAUCAGUCAAUCAAGGAGAAAGAGAAGAAGUUUAAGGAAUUGAAAGAGGCAGUGGAGACUCACAAGAGCUCUGCCCAGACAGCAGUGGAGGACAGUGAGAGGAUCUUUACUGAACUCAUCCAGUUCAUGCAGAGAAGACGACCUGAGGUCUCACAGAUGAUCAGAGAUCGAGAAAAGACUGAAGUGAGUCGAGCUGAAGGACUCUUGAAGAAACUGGAGCAGGAGAUUGAAGACCAGAAAAAGAGAAACACUGAGCUGGAGCAACUUUUACACACUGAUGAUCACAUACUUUUCCUACAGAAUUUUAAGCUUAACUCUGUCUCAUUUGGAUCCACUGAGAGAGUGACUAUCAGUUCUCUGCUGUGUUUUGAUGACAUAAGAAAGUCUGUCUCUCAACUGAGAGAGAAACUUGAAGAUUUGUGCCAAGAAGAGAAAGCAAAAGUAUCAGAGAAAGAGAAACCAUAUAUCAACUUUAUCCCCAUAACAGAAUCCAGCAACAGGGAGGAGUUCCUACAAUAUUGCAGUCAGUUCACUCUAGAUUCGAACACAGUGAAUAACAGAAUUCAACUCUAUGAGGGGAACAGAGUGGCUAUUUGCGGUGAAACAGUCUGUUCUUAUCCUAAACAUCCAGACAGAUUUGAUUGUUUUUAUCAGGUGUUGUGCAGAGAGAGUGUGUGUGGACGCUGUUAUUGGGAAGUGGAGUGGAGCGGUGAGGCUGCAGUAGGCAUAGCAGUCUCAUACAAGAGCAUCAGGAGGAAGGGAAAGAUAAAUGAGUGUUUAUUUGGGUUUAAUGAUCAGUCCUGGAGAUUGUCCUGCUCUAACUCCUGGUUUGCGUUCAGACACAAUCACAAAGGGGUUAAUCUCCCUGUACCACUGAGCUCCUCUAGAAUAGGAGUGUAUGUGGAUCACAGAGCAGGAGUUCUGUCCUUCUUCAGCAUCUCUGACACAAUGAGUCUCAUCCACAGAGUCCACACCACAUUCAAUCAACCGCUCUAUCCUGGGUUUUGGGUCAAUCCGGGCUCAUCAGUAAAACUUUGUCAACUAACCAACUAG